AUGGCUGACAAAGGUCUUGAGGAUGUGCCCGAGGGCCAGAUCGAGUCCAACUACGACGAGAUCACCGACUCCUUCGACAACAUGAACCUGAAGGCUGAGCUCCUCCGUGGAGUCUACGCCUACGGUUUCGAGCGCCCCUCUGCUAUCCAGCAGCGUGCCAUUAUGCCCGUCAUCAAGGGCAACGAUGUCAUUGCGCAGGCCCAGUCCGGUACCGGUAAGACGGCUACCUUCUCCAUCUCGACCCUCCAGAAGAUCGACUCCAACGUCAAGGCCUGCCAGGCGCUUAUCCUCGCCCCCACCCGUGAGCUCGCUCAACAGAUCCAGAAGGUUGUUGUCGCCAUCGGUGACUUCAUGGACGUCCAGUGCCACGCCUGCAUUGGCGGUACCAGCGUCCGUGACGACAUGAAGGCCCUCCAGGACGGUCCCCAGGUCGUUGUCGGUACUCCCGGCCGUGUCCACGACAUGAUCCAGCGUCGCGUCCUCAAGACCGACCACAUGAAGAUGUUCGUCCUUGACGAGGCCGACGAGAUGUUGUCUCGCGGUUUCACCGAGCAGAUCUACGACAUCUUCCAGCUUCUGCCCCAGAGCACCCAGGUCGUCCUUCUGUCCGCUACUAUGCCCCAGGAUGUCCUCGAGGUCACCACCAAGUUCAUGCGCGACCCCGUCCGUAUCCUCGUCAAGAAGGACGAGCUUACCCUCGAAGGUAUCAAGCAGUUCUACAUCGCUGUUGAGAAGGAGGACUGGAAGCUCGACACUCUCUCCGACUUGUACGAGACUGUCACCAUUACCCAAGCCGUCAUCUUCUGCAACACCCGCAGGAAGGUCGACUGGCUCACCGACAAGCUCACUGCCCGUGACUUCACUGUCUCGGCCAUGCACGGUGACAUGGACCAGGCACAGCGUGAUGUCAUCAUGAAGGAGUUCCGUUCCGGAUCUUCCCGUGUCCUCAUCGCCACUGACCUUCUCGCCCGUGGUAUCGAUGUCCAGCAGGUCUCCCUUGUCAUCAACUACGACUUGCCCGCCAACCGUGAGAACUACAUCCACCGCAUCGGUCGUGGUGGACGUUUCGGACGUAAGGGUGUUGCCAUUAACUUCGUCACCGCUGACGAUGUCCGCAUGAUGCGCGAAAUCGAGCAGUUCUACAGCACACAGAUCGAGGAGAUGCCCAUGAACGUGGCUGACCUCAUCUAA